AUGGCGAGGACCUCGGACGCCGCGGUUGAUAAGGCGAUGCGACAAGCAAGUUCCGUUGCAACAGAAGAGGCGCUGAAGGAGUGUGUGCCUGAGAAACUCUAUGCGCUGUGCGAGUCUUUCUGCCGCCGUGCGAGUCUGUCAUCCUGGCAUCUGUUCUUGCCAAUCUUGAGCCUCACCUGUCUUUUGCUUGGUCCGCAUGCCACUGUCGAAGUUGAGGGACACGAAUGGGAGGAGCGCCUGCUCCUGUGGUGUAUCAUUGUAGCGUACAGCGCCAUCGGAAAGACUCCUGCGUUCAAGAAGCUGAAGCAGAUUGCUACUGCAGUCGAAACGAAGAUCAACGAGAGGAUCAAAACGAAAGCUCUUGAGGACAAGGACGAGGACGAAGAAAUCAAACCAUUCAGUUUCUUUGCUAAAAGUGCGACUCUGGAGGCGUUAUUCCAGGAGCUGAAACAUGACGUCAACCAUGCCCGAAUGAUGUUUCUUGAGGAAUUCGGCUACUUCUUCGCCUGGAUGGACGGUUACAAGAAGGGAGAAGGAGACCGAACGCAGAUACUCUCACUGAAGGGGGGUUCGUCAUGGGACAGGGAGACUGUUGGCCGACCAAAUUCAAGCAUUCCUUUUACGCACUUCAUCCCUUCGGGCUACAUGCAGCCUCAGCCGCUCAGUGUCGAGCUCUUCAAGACUCCGAAGGACGGUUUGCUAAACCGGUUCUUGAUCACGUUCAUUCCUGGCGUGUUUGAGCACUUAGACAAACUCAAAAUCAGCGGCGACGAUUGGAGAAAGACCAUCACCGACUUCGAUGACUUGCUCAUGAAGGUAUUCCUCUUCAUAUUUGACUUUGCGCACAACAUUGAUACCGGAGCAGCUCUGAAACGCGCCUUUGUGGUGCGUGGUGAAGCCUACAAGAUGCACGCCAGCUUCUUCGACAAAGUCCAGGACUUUCUCGCGGAGUUAGCGAGCAACUCCAUGUUCUCGAAAGCAGGAGUCUUCGGUAAAGUGAAAGGAGAAGCUCUCCAGAUCGCAGCUGCUCUGCACAUCCUUGUCGUCAUGCUCAAGGAGGCUGAGAAUCCAGAAACCGGCGACUCGCUCGACCCUAGAGACGAGAUGCUUGAAAUCAGCAGCGAGGCCAUGGACUGUGCAAUCAAGAUUUCGCAGCUGGUGCUGAAGCAGCGUGUUCUGUUCGAGGGUGACGAGAGCAUGAUCCGAUUCUGCAAUGAGUUCUGGGAGUGGGAACUUCCUGACCUGGAUGAGGACAGUGGGGACGACGACGGGUCCAGGCGAGGGCGGCUCAAUUCAGGGGAUGUCUUGAGCGAAGAGCAGCUCUGCAUCAAGCGCUUCUUCCAGACCUUCAAGGACGAGGUCAUCAACAUCACUGCGGUCGUGAGCAAGAAGACGUUUGGCAAGAAGCAGGACAUCAUCCGCCUCUGGGAUCACCUUUCUUCUCACGAUGACGACGACACACACUUCUUCGGGUCUACAGAGGCUGGCACCCUUCCGGGCAUGGUUCGUCCAAACGACCUCUUCCGCAAGAUCAUCCCCAGCUGCCCGUCCGAGUACCUGACUCUUUGCAACCGGCUGCAACCAGCUUACCUUCCAAGACUACCUACCGAGCAGGGUGGACCACAUGAGGAAUGA